GAAAAACACGAGUCUCCUUUGCGGAAUGUGAUCUAGGUUGGAAUUUGCCCUUGACAAAUAACAAAAUGAUGAGUGACGCAAGUGACAUGUUGGCUGCAGCGUUGGAGCAGAUGGAUGGGAUUAUAGCAGGUUCUAAGGCCCUGGAAUAUUCCAAUGGGAUUUUUGAUUGCCAGUCUCCCACUUCCCCGUUCAUGGGAAGCCUGCGAGCUCUGCACCUUGUGGAAGACCUGCGUGGAUUGUUGGAGAUGAUGGACACAGAUGAGAAGGAAGGUUUGAGAUGCCAGAUCCCAGAUUCAACAGCAGAAACACUCGUCGAAUGGCUUCAGAGUCAAAUGACAAACGGACACCUGCCCGGAAAUGGAGAGGUGUAUCAAGAAAGGCUAGCACGUUUAGAAAAUGAUAAAGAAUCUCUCGUUCUUCAGGUAAGUGUGUUAACAGACCAGGUGGAGGCUCAGGGGGAGAAGAUUCGAGAUUUGGAAUUUUGUCUUGAGGAGCACCGGGAGAAGCUAAACGCCACAGAGGAAAUGCUGCAGCAGGAGCUUCUGAGUAGGACAUCCUUAGAAACUCAGAAGUUGGAUCUGAUGGCUGAAAUAUCUAACUUGAAGCUUAAACUGACCGCUGUGGAGAAGGAUAGAUUGGAUUAUGAAGAUAGGUUCAGAGACACGGAGGGGCUAAUGCAAGAGAUCAAUGAUUUGAGGUUAAGAGUCAGUGAAAUGGACAAUGAAAGACUUCAGUAUGAAAAAAAGCUGAAAUCAACCAAGUCUUUAAUGGCCAAACUUUCUAGCAUGAAAAUCAAGGUGGGUCAGAUGCAGUAUGAAAAGCAGCGGAUGGAACAAAAAUGGGAGUCACUGAAGGACGAACUGGCAUCUUUAAAAGAACAGCUGGAAGAGAAGGAAUCUGAAGUAAAAAGGCUACAGGAAAAAUUGGUGUGCAAGAUGAAAGGAGAAGGGGUGGAAAUUCUCGAUCGAGAUGAAAAUUUUAAAAAGAAGCUCAAAGACAAAAAUAUUGAAGUGCAAAAAAUGAAAAAGGCUGUGGAAUCUUUGAUGGCAGCAAAUGAAGAAAAGGAUCGGAAAAUAGAAGAUCUUCGACAGUGCCUGAACAGGUACAAGAAAAUGCAAGAUACAGUGAUACUGACCCAAGACCAAGAUGGCGACUUUGACGGUCUGCUCACUUCUGGUUCCAUCUCCACUUUGCUGGAUGCACAGGGUUUUAGUGACCUGGAGAAAAGUCUAUCAUCUACACCAGUCAUGGGCUCUCCCAGUCGUGACCCAUUUAACACAAGUGUUCCAGAAGAGUUCCACACCAGCAUCUUGCAAGUUUCAAUCCCUUCAUUACUGCCAACAUCUAAGGGCUUGGAAACGUCUGAAAGAGCAAAAUUGCCUCCUCAACCAGAGACUUCAUUCGAAGAAAGUGAUGGAAAAAUAAUCCUUGGUGCUUCUGUUGAAACCCAGCCGUGCGAUAGUCUUUCAACUUCAAGUCUGCAAAAGUCCAGCAGCCUGGGCAAUCUGAAGAAAGAGUCAUCAGAUGGGGAAAAGGAGUCUGUUCAGAAGCCUCCAGAGGAUAAGGCUCCGGUAGAAAGCAGCCCGUUCAGGAGCCUCCCUCCGAAAGCUCCGGGGCAUGACGCAUCUGUGGACGACAACCCCUUUGGGACUCGGAAAGCCAGAUCGUCCUUUGGGCGUGGCUUUUUUAAAAUAAAAAGUAACAAGAGGACAGCAAGUGCACCAAACUUGGAUCGUAAACGAAGUGCCAGUGCACCCACCCUAGCUGAAACAGAGAAGGAGACAGCUGAGCACCUAGAUCUGGCUGGUGUAUCUUCCCAGCCGAAAGAUUCGCAGGGAGGCAGUCCCUUCCAGAUAUCUCCACCAUCGCCGGAUUCCAAAAAGAAAUCCAGAGGUAUCAUGAAACUCUUUGGAAAACUUAGGAGAAGUCAGUCAACUACAUUCAACCCAGACGACAUGUCUGAGCCUGAAUUUAAAAGAGGAGGGACAAGGGCAACUGCAGGGCCACGACUGGGUUGGUCUCGAGAUUUGGGACAAUCUAACAGCGACUUGGAUAUGCCAUUUGCCAAAUGGACCAAGGAGCAGGUUUGCAAUUGGCUUGUGGAACAGGGCUUGGGGUCCUACCUGAAUUCGGGCAAGCACUGGAUUGCAUCUGGCCAAACACUUCUGCAGGCUUCUCAGCAAGAUCUGGAGAAGGAACUUGGGAUUAAGCAUUCACUUCAUCGAAAGAAGCUCCAGCUGGCACUGCAAGCCCUGGGGUCUGAAGAAGAAACCAACCAUGGAAAGCUGGAUUUCAACUGGGUCACUAGGUGGUUGGAUGACAUUGGUCUCCCCCAGUACAAGACCCAGUUUGACGAAGGUCGGGUAGAUGGUCGAAUGCUCCAUUACAUGACUGUUGAUGACUUACUGUCUUUGAAGGUCGUGAGUGUGCUACACCAUCUCAGUAUCAAAAGGGCUAUCCAGGUCCUGAGGAUCAAUAACUUUGAACCGAACUGUCUCCGGAGGCGGCCGUCUGAUGAGAGCCCACAGUUUCUCAUGACUGAAGCUCCUGGUGGUUGUUUGUUCUCACAGAAUAGCGUCACCCCAUCCGAAGUUCAGCAGUGGACCAAUCACCGGGUGAUGGAGUGGCUGCGCUCUGUGGACUUGGCAGAAUAUGCCCCCAAUCUCAGAGGCAGUGGUGUCCAUGGUGGGCUCAUGGUUCUAGAACCUCGUUUUAAUGUAGAAACAAUGGCUCAGUUAUUGAACAUCCCACCAAGUAAGACCCUCUUGCGAAGACAUUUGGCCACUCAUUUCAACCUUCUGAUCGGGGCUGAGGCCCAGCACCAAAAGCGUGAUGCCAUGGAGUUACCAGAUUAUGUACUCCUGACAGCCACGGCCAAAGUGAAGCCAAGGAAACUUACCUUCAGCAAUUUUGGGAAUCUGAGAAAGAAGAGACAGGAAGAUGGGGAAGAAUAUGUUUGUCCAAUGGAAUUGGGACAUACAUCAGGAAGUACCUCUAAGAAGGGAUUUAAACCUGGAUUGGACAUGCGCCUGUAUGACGAAGAUGAUUUGGACCGGUUGGAGCAGAUGGAGGAUUCAGAAGGUACGGUGAGACAGAUAGGGGCGUUCUCCGAAGGCAUCAACAAUCUAACACACAUGUUAAAGGAGGACGACAUGUUUCGGGAUUUUGCCGCCCGUUCCCCCAGUGCCAGCAUCACUGACGAGGACUCCAAUGUUUAAUCUGAGCACUUGGACGAGCAUGAGGAGCCCCUCGGCUUUCCUCCACCUGAUUUCUCAAACAACUCAAAGAAUCUAGAACAAGCAGCAGAUUAUAUAUGAUUGAUCAUUCCACCUUCUCAGAAGUGGACACAGAGGGCUGGGUUGGGGGGGGGCAGCGUGUGCCUAUUCCGAAGACGCCAUGAAAAAUGAGACACUGGUGAAUGAGAGUGUAGUGGUCUGUCCUCUAUUUAAUGUAAAAAUCUGUGAUAUAUUAUAUUUAAAGUGUUGCAUUUAAUAUGAGUGUUUUACUGUAGCAUUUCACGUUCCCAUUCAACAGUACACGGGAUUUGGGGAUCAGGAAGCAGUGCGUGGAUGAUCUCAUCAUGUCUGUGUGACAGCACUGUAGCUGUCAGCACAGGACAUUACAUGCUUUCAAAAUCCGUAUGUGGAAUUUCCUCAAGUGUUCCACGUGCCUGCUAAAUGCCAGCGGCCACCUCCACUUGCCUCUUCUUGUCCUAUUUUAUAUAUUUUUCUAAAUACGUGUAUAUAUUUAGUACAUAGAAAACAGAACUUUUAUUUUGUGACAUACGGGAGACGAUGAAAAGCGAAUACAGUGCUCCAAACGGUCAUAUACCAGCUGGUCCUCGAAAGGUUGGGAUGAUCUCUCCUUUUCCACAACUGAAUUUUAAUGAUAUUAAAAAUGAUGUUAAUAUUGAUCAUCCCAACUAAAUUAGGAUAUAUGAAAUACCCCUUCUCUGAUGACACAUCACCCAAUUAACUGUUGAAGAGUUAUAAAAAAGUUUCAGCCUUCAUCUUGGAUCCUUUAGCCUCAAAAGGAAGAACACCAGGGACAUUUGAAUACUAUUAACUCAAAUGCAUUCAGAAGUUUCCCCCCAAAUUUGUAGAAAUUUCUAAAGAAACCAGACCAAAACAAAAACCUUCACAGUAUUAAGCUGCUUAUUUUCCUUCUUGCUGAGUAUCUCAUGACAUCAAAAUACUAAGAAUCUACCUAUUGUUAUUAAUUGUAUAUUUCUCAGGUUAUCAGUGGAUGGGAUUUUGUUAAGCUGAAUAUGCAUCUGAGCAUUUCGUCUCAGAGUUCAGUAAUGCUGAGGCUGCACAAUGAGUUUUAGAAUGGCUAUAUUGUGAUGAGAAAAUGUAAUUCAUGUUUUUAGCACAGGGCCCAGAUGACAUUUAUUUUUAAAGGAAACAGCUGUGGCAAAAACUUACUGUGUUUAUCAUUUUUUUUAGGGGUAGUCGAAAAAAUAUCCUAUUUUUUAUUCACUACUACAUCACUUCCCAUGAUAGCCAACAUGGUAAAGACACGUUGUCACAAAUUGGUGUGGGGAGAGGCAGUUCAGUAUGUGCUCGUGGAUUUGCUUAUAAAUUCUAUUUGAGUAUCAGUGAUGUGAUCUUGCAAGUUCUUAGCAGGUUACCAAGCUUCUCAACAAGGGCCUGUAAUACCAAAUUACUGUUUAUUUGUGACUAAAAUGAUCUGAUGCUAAUAAUAAUCCUUUACUCUCUACUAUUCAUUGUCUGGUAACUGUAUUGGACUCUUACAUAUUAGUAUUUUUUUUAUUGUGAACAUAUGUCACCAUUUGAAAAACAAUUUCUUUUUCAAACCUGGUUAAAAAAAAAUGUGCCAGAAGACUGUUAGAGAUGCCAAAUAUUCUUUAUUCAGGGCAGUGUAACAUAACUGAUGAUACGUGAUAAAGUUAAGAUUUUUUUUGAUGAGAUAUAUUUUAUUUACAAAACAUUGUGCACUGCUGGUUUUACCAUAUGAAAAGAAAUAAAGUCAGUUGAUAAUUGUC